AUGAAGUCCAUCGUUGCUGCUCUCGCGCUCAGUGUCGUGACUGUCCACAGCGCUGUCCCGGCGCCCUACCCAGUGCUCGCACCUUACUCGUCGAUCAAUGCCACCGCUCUACCGCCUACCUCUGCCAACUCUACACUCUCGAGCAUUCUCAGCACAAUCUCUGCGUCAGUCAAUGCUACUUCGGUAUCAGACCCUGUCUCAGCGUGCCCGACGACCGAUGUCUACUCCACGUCAACGGUGACCUCGAGUGGUAUCGGCACAGUCUACUACGUCACAACCACUACCCUGGAACCCUCUACCCGUGUCGUUGAGAGCGCGAGUUAUGUUGCAACCGAGUCAUUAUCUUUGGGUAGUCUGACGACGGCAUAUACUUAUGUCCUCACCGAUUAUGAGACUCGCUACUAUACCACGACCACAAUCUCUACCAGCGCUUGUGUUUCGACUGCCACCAAAACUGGAGUUGCGACUGUCACAGAAUACACAGGAACCUUUACACCUUCGCCGCUCCCAACAUACUGUCCAACCACAGCUACCUAUACGACCAUCUACCCAGAAGGCGAAGUCACUAGCACAAAUCUGAGGACCGACUACGAUGUUGUCACCAGAACCUCUUAUUAUUUGACCACUAGCACGCACGUCUACUGGGACUCUACAACGACUGUCACCUCUAGCAUACAAGGCUUGACUUAUUUGUCUGGCGGACCGACCAUCACAACUACAUAUCCCAUCGACUGCACCUCGACCAGCUACACCUCCACUGCAUCCGCCACUGUAACCCAAGCGGCCAAAUGUGCUCCCACUAACCUCUAUUCCGGCCUCGGAAGUAUCGGAAACCCUGAUGGGCUGGAUACUAGAUCUUACUGGCGAACCGAAGAUCCCGUCAAUAAAGAUGCGUCUUCAUGCUGUCAGGCCUGUGUCGAUGACGCAAAUUGUGUAGCCAUGGACUAUUAUGUUGGAGAGGGCUACGGAUGCGACUUGUUCCUUACGCAAGACGAACAGUGUAGCAAGGGCAUUGCAGUCACAUACGGGUACGCCGGUCAAGGUACAUUUGUACAAGCUGGAUGUGGCUAUGUCGCGCUUGCGUAG